UGUUCAGUUCAUGGAGAGCUUUUUCUUUGCUCUCCUCGCUGCUGCAGCCUCCCUGAUUUUGACUCUCACAUUUUUUUUAAACUUGUUUUGCUUUUCAAGAUAAAGAUUUUUAUUGAACGUUUUAUUAUAGUUUGUGGAUUUUUUGUGUCAAACUGGACAGAAGAGGCAGGAUGAAAGCGGGGAGGGAGGGGUAAAAUCCUUUCAUUUUUCCUAUUUUGUAAAGAAGUGAGCUCUUUUCUGUUGUAAUUUUCCUCCUAGACUUGAUGAGUUUCUUUUCUUGUGUUACAUUUAAGAAUUUUAAGAAAAUGCAUUUGUUUCUCAUAACUGAUGGACAGUCAGGUUCACAUUCAGAAAGUUGAGAAUGUAAAUAGAUUUGUUUACCAUAAAAACUUGAAUACAAAAUUGAUUGAAGGUUUAAAAAGCUGUUUUACUGCAGUAAAUGAGUAACUGUGUCUUCAGUGGAGCGUUUCCAGCAGGUUUCUGUUCAGAGCUGUGUCUGGCUGCACAGCAGUGUUUGUCAAAGAGGUAACAUUCCUCAGCUUCACUGAUUCCUGACAGCUCCUGGGGUUCAUCUACUGCAAACAGAAGGCUUCAUGAGCAUGCCAACAGCAGGCUGAAGCUCAGCACACACAAAGACCAGACUCGGUCGCCUUGUACCAGGUUGAAACAUUAUUUUUCAUCAAAAUGGUCGGAGGAGACUUUGGGCGAUUGUUUAAGCUGAGGGCUCUCCUCUUCCUGGCAUGCUCUGUGGGCGGCUUGCUGCUGAUGGAACAACACAGAGACGCAGAGGAUGACCCUGAGGUCAACAAGGCAAUUUUGGAAAUGCUACACAUCAAUAAGGUUUCAGCAAGCAGUCAAGCUAAAGUGCAUCCAUAUAUGAAGAGGAUCCAUCAGCAUCUGAAGUCGCUGGAAGCUCUCGACUUUGAAAGGGCAGAGGGGAUCCUGAUGCAGAGUUUUCGAAGUCUUGACGGUUCAGGUCAAGCUCCUCGGGGAUGGAUCUGGUUUAAUGUCAGCAGCCUGGACCCCCUAAUGCUGGGAGCAGAACUGGUUCUGUUCAGGAAAACGCUGCAUCCUGGUCCUCUGAGCUUGACGGUCACCCUCCACAGCACUGCUGGUUCACAGGAACAUCUGAGUGAAAGUCCUGUCCUGGAGGAGAGACAGCUGAUCCUGGACCAGAGACCCUCCUCUGGGUAUGAUGUGUUUGACGUGUCAGCUGUGCUGGCUGUGAAGCCCCCAGAGCUGCUGGGCUUCCAGCUUCGCUACACUGACGAGAGUGGGAGUCUGGUCCUCCAUGAGGCUCUGACACAGCGUCUGUACAGUCUGGAUGCAAGCUCCCUGAGAGAACCCUUACUGGUCUUCUACCAGACACAGCCUUUCCACUUUUAACUCACAUCACAGGCAUGAACCCUUUAGCACCGGAGCUCCACAGUUUAUGGUCUUUGAUUUACUGUAAUGUUUUCAUUGUUAACACAAUCAUUCCAGCAGAUUCUGAAGGAGAAGAGCACCUCAUCAAGCUGCUUUUCUCCUUCAGAAUCUACUGGAAUGAUCGUGUUAACGGUUGAAAAGUUACAGUAUGUUAAAGAUUUUGUGUUUAAGCGUCAACGCCUCAGGUGUUAAAGGGUUAAUUAUUCCUCUUGUCCAAUGGUGCGGUUCUGCUUUUGAAAAGUAUUUCAUGUGAGGAAACCUGAACUCUAAAAGUCAGAUGUUAUGUAAUGACUUACAGCAAAAGCUUUUAUUCUUUUUGAAGAGUGGAAAUGUUCUUUUAUGUUUCAAGACUUUAAUAAAUGUCAAAGAUAUCAUUCACUUUCCAAUGAUGCAUUCAUUCACUUAAAAGUAUGAAAAAGAGUGUUACCUGAAAAUGUAUGUCUGUUACAUGUACACUUACUGGUCGCUUUAUUAGCUUCACCUUCCUAGUACCGGUUUUGUCUUUAGAACCGCCUUAAUUCU